AACACUUUAACGACCAAACAAAAAUUAGGCUAUUUUGAAACAACUUUCCCUGUAAAUCAGCUACUAUUGUGGUUUAUCCCUAACAGAGAUUAUUCAUCCUCCCUUUACCUUGUUCUGUUACCCAGGUUAUGCAAUAUGAGCCAUUAGGGAUUUAGCUGAUUUUAUUGAAAUUUGAUUAAUUAUUUUGGGGAAAAAUGAAUUCAAAGAGCAAUGAAAGUAAUGAAAAUAUUCCAGAGAUCGGAAAGACUGUUGAAGAAUCAAAUGCCACCCAGAAACGUUCCCUUUCUGAUGCAAAUGAUGUGGGAAAAUUGAGUUCAAAAAGCAUGAUGUUUAGGGCUGAUAUGGUUGAUUUAAAGAACUUUGAUAUUCAUAUACAUAGACAUUUCAGUCGGGUUUUGUCUCGAGAUGUUAAGGAGGAAUGGGAAAUAGACUCAGCGAAACUCGAAUUGAAGUAUAAUAUUGCCAAUGGAACUUAUGGAUCUGUUUACAAGGCUAUUUAUGAUGGAAGAGAGGUUGCAGCUAAAGUUUUAAACUGGGGUGAAGACGGUAUGGCCACUGCUGCUGAAAUAGAGAAUCUACGAAACGCAUUGCGAAAGGAAGUUGUUGUUUGGAAUAAACUUGAUCAUCCGAAUGUUACAAAGUUUAUUGGAGCUUCAAUGGGAUUUUCAAAUUUCAAAAUCCCUUCUGCUAGCUUAGGUGGUGAGGUCGACAAUUCGCCCCCUCCUCGGACAUGUUGCGUUGUCGUCGAGUAUCUUGCCGGAGGAACAUUAAAACAUUAUUUAAUCAAACAUACUAGAAGGAAACUUCCUAUGAAAGUUGUUAUCGAACUUGCUUUGGACCUUUCGAGAGGGUUAAGUUACCUUCACUCGAAAAAAAUAGUACACCGUGAUGUUAAAACCGAAAAUAUGUUGUUAGAUACUAGUAGGAGAUUAAAGAUUGCUGAUUUUGGUGUUGCUCGAGUCGAGGCACAAAAUCCGUGUGAUAUGACCGGUGAAACGGGUACGCUUGGAUAUAUGGCCCCAGAGGUGCUUGAUGGCAAGCCUUAUAAUAGGAAGUGUGAUGUCUAUAGUUUUGGGAUCUGCUUGUGGGAAAUUUAUUGUUGUGACAUGCCUUAUGCUAAUUUGAGUUUUGCCGAUGUGUCUUCUUCGGUGGUUCGAUUGAACUUGCGUCCAGAAAUACCGGGAUGUUGUCCAGCACCAUUAGCGAACAUUAUGCGCAAAUGUUGGGAUGCUAACCCAUAUAGACGCCCCGAAAUGGAGGAGGUCGUGAAACAAUUAGAAACCAUCGAUACAAGCAAAGGUGAUAUGGUUUCGGAGGAUCGAGUUCAAAGUUGCUUUUGCUUUAGUUUUGGCCGUGGCCCAUAAUGUUUGUUAUAUUUUUCUUUUUUUCUAUACAUACAAUUAGGAGUCGGUUUUAACUAUUUUAACAAUUUUCUAAUAUAUGUUGUUAUUGGUUCAUUGUUAUGAGAGAAUUGCCUCUUGUGGCUUAAAAUAAUCUUUUUUUGUUGCUUAAAAUGUACAUAAUAUAUAACAAACUCUGUACACAUUUUGAAUUGAACUAGGCUAGGAAUAUCUACUUAAGUGUGUUAUAAUUGACAUCCUUCUCUUUUUAUGCAAAUGUUGCCAUUUGUU